AUGCCCAAGUGUGACAACUGUGACAAACUAAUAGCCAAGAAAUCCACUAUUCUCGAGUGCAACACAUGCUCAAAAACUGUGCAUGCUACCCAGGCCUGCACCAGACUAACAUCUAAGCAAUUAGCAGCACUGCGCAACACUGAGAAUCUGGAAUGGACCUGCGAAAUUUGUCGCCGUGAAACUCCAAGGCAAAGGUCAUUUGUCAUACAAGAGGAGGAAGAGGAAGACGACGAAGAACUAUUAUUAACACAGGGAACUGACAGCGGAUCCAACGCGAUGAAAAAAGUUACUAAGCGACAUAUCAUUCGAGAGCUGAAAAUCGAUGCUAUGGAACAAUACAUUGGAAACCUUGAGCAAAAACAGCUUAAUAACACAUUUGAAGUCGCAGGAGUACCCGAAAUAAAAGACGAAAAUACGGAAAUUAUCCUAAAUACACUAGCAACGAAGUUAAAUAUUGUAAAAAAAGAAAUAACUACAGUUAAAAGAUUGAAGGGGAAAAAUGGAAAGGAGGGCGUGAUCCAGGUAUCUUUCAAACAGGAGGAACAAGUGGACCAGUGGAUAAAAGCAGCAAGAAAAGUAACUAUACUUGCAGAGGACAUCGUUUCCUGUCCAGAUCCUGCUACAGCAAGAACAAAGAUAAUGAUACGACGUGCCCUAUCCAGUGCAAAUAAAACCCUUCUGUGGCAAGCAAAGCAAAAACUUAAGCCACUUAUUAACACAGAUUGUGAUGCAAUCUGUGUCACUUUAGACUUGUGGACGUUACGGAAAACGGAGUCGUACAUAGCUGUCACUGGACAUUUCAUUAGUCGUGACUUUCAAUUGAAAACUAUUCUUUUAGAUUACUGUAAUUUUUCUGGACAUCACACAUCAGUGAAUAUAGCUGCUGAAUUACGGCGUAUAUUAGAUGACUGGGAUUUAACCCGCAAAGUCAACUUCGCGGUUUCAGACAACGCCUCCAAUGUUACCAAUGCCGUGAAAAACCAUUUGGGCUGGAAGCACUAUGGCUGUUACGCCCAUACUCUCAAUUUAGUUUUACAAGAUUCUCUAGACUAUUUGAAGGACAAUUUAGGAAAAAUUAAAAAAAAAUGUUGA